AUGUCUGCUACCCGUCUCUUCUUCCUGCUCGCUUGCUUCCUGGGCCUUGGAAGUUUCGUCGCCGCGUCAGAUAUCUCGUACCAGGGCAUCCCCAGCUGUGCUAUCAAAUGUAUUUUCCAGGAGAUCGGCCAUUCGUCCUGCCCCCUAACGGAUCAAAAAUGCAUGUGUAACGAUAACGUUUUGGCGGGAUACGUGCAGGUAUGCGUCGAGGCAAAUUGCACUGUCAUGGAGAUGCUCGCGGCACGCAAUUCUUCAUUGGCUGCCUGUGGUGUUGCCCCUGCUCAGCAGGAUACCGUCAUGGCGUGGUUCAGGGCGGUUCUUUUCGCCCUACCAACCUUUUUCAUAAUCGUACGAAUGGUGAACAAGUUUCUAAAGCUGUCGCCUUGGGGUUGGGACGACACAACCAUCGUCAUAGCCUAUGCCGUACUAGCAGCUUUCCUGCCAGCGGCAUAUCUAGCCGAACAAACUGGUGCAGGGAGAGAUAUAUGGGCACUAUCAGAAAACCAAAUUACUGAUUUUCUUUUGCUAUUUAUCAUAUUCGGUAUGCUCUAUAUGACCUGCCUAGCCUUUAUCAAGGCCUCGAUCAUAUUUCUAUACCUGCGAAUCUUCCCCGACGAAACCUUCCGCCGAAUACUCUGGUGUACUCAGCUGUUCAACCUUCUUCUUUGGAUCGCUUUCAUCGCCGGCACUUUCGGCUCUUGUCAGCCCUUGCACUUCUUCUGGCAUGGAUGGAAAAGAGAUAUGGAGGGCAAAUGCUUCAACUUGAACGCCUUUGCCAUGUGCCAUGGCGCAUUGAACGUGGCUCUGGAUGCAUGGAUGCUAGUACUUCCAGCAACUCAAGUCUAUUCGCUGAGAAUGCAGCGCAAACAGAAGCUGGGUGUGAUGUUGAUGUUCAGCUCUCACUGCCCCGACUCAUUCCAGAGCUCCCUCUGGUCCAACAUCGAGCUAUGUGUUGGUAUCUUCGUGUCUUGCCUUCCGAGCACACGUCAAGUCUGGAGGAAACUAUUCCCUAAGAUCCUCGAAGUAACACACCUGUCUUCGAGAUCAGCUAGAAUGUCUAGAUCAGCAAAGGGGUCACACUCUGCCAGCCAAGCCUCACGAUCGGCAGCGGACCCCAAUGAACGACCGCGACUCGUGUCCUACGAGGAGUCCUCGAUAGCGCAUCUAGUCGGAGACUUCAACGAUAUCGACCUCAAUAACCUCAGCGAUGCGAGCCCGAUGGAGAGGGACCCGCCGAAGACGCCUAAAAAUAAUGUCGUGUUACAGAAGGAUCCUGUAUCAGGAGGCUCAAGAAGUAGUGAUGGAGUCAUGAGCCAAAAGGGCUGGGAUGAAUGA